UCACAUUGGGCUUUAUUUAUUUACUAUCGGAGGCAGACUGCUCCUUAAUAGAUUGUCACAAGAGGCACGUAUUUUUUUGACGACUGUAAUUAUCGUAUUGUCGCUGGGACAUUAGAAGGUAACAUCGCCGCUAUGUCCAAUGAAGAACGUCUGAGGAAGCUCUUGUCGGAUCUGGGAAAGGCUACUCUGCGUGGAGUUCGAAAGUGUCCGAAAUGUGGUACAUACAAUGGCUCACGUGGACUCUGCUGCAAGAACAAAUUAUGCGCCACUGUGUUCAAUAAGCCGGGUGAGAAACGCAAAUUGUCUACAGAGGCAUGUAAGCUGAUCACAGGUUCUACAGUACAAGUGUUUUCUGUACGAGUAAGAGAUAAGGGUCCUGACUAUCGUGGAUUUGUACAAUUACCACUGAUAAAUGCUACUAUUUCAAAUGAUAUUACAACAUUUAUGUCACAAACAACUGCAUUAUGCUUUGUUGACAGUUGUGAGAGAAGUUUUGACACUAGUGUACUCAAAUGCCAUGAGAAAAAUUAUUCAGAUAUGUCAAUAUCGACAUGUCAGCAUAUUCAAGCAGCAUUAAGGUGUUAUUCUGAAGCACAGCCAUUAACUUUAAAGAAUUCCAUCUUGUCAUCAUUCAAUAUGAAUAAUGAGACUAAGCAAGAGAUAUGGCUGUUAGCGACAGAAACUUCUGGUCCCAUGGUGCAAAGAGUUUCCAAAAACAUAAUGGCAGUGAAAUGUAAAGCUUCCCCUAAGCAUCCAUUGGGCUAUCUUCACUUCUCUUUUUUUGUCACUAAAAUGAAGGACAGAAUUGAGCAUCGUUACUUCUGCAGUUGUACUACAUUCAAAAGUACAGUGAAGGGUACUGUGGUUGAGGACAAAGUAGACAGCACUUCAUCGUUGCAGCCGAAGCGUUGCGUACACUUCUACGCAUGUGUUUGUGCUUUCGCUAGUGAUACAAAGUUAUCGGAAGAGUUUAGUUAUUAUAUUAAUCUAGAUCAAACACAGUCCACUAUACCGAAACCUGUGAUGACCAUGGCACAUAACGACAAAGAUAAAAUCAUUGGAAUUGAUCUAGAUAGUUUAACUACGGAUGAUACUGAUACGCAUCUCUUGAUUUUUCGCGACGAUACUUUAACUGUGCAGAGCUUAGAUGGUAAUAGGCUUGACCUAGACUCUAUGAAUUUAGACUCCUCGAUUUUAUCACACGGUAUCGUCGAAAACAUAGAAGUAGAAUGCGAUCACAAUUUACUGGAUGAUAACAAUAUUAUAUCGCAGGUUCAUAAUUUGGAAGUGAUCGAUCAAAAUAGCGUUCAACUAGAUGGAAAUACCAUAAAAAUAUUGGACGACCAAGCGACAAUCGAUACUAAGUAUAAUAUUCUCAACAAUAGUCAAUAUAUAUUAAACGAUAAUAAUAUAAAAAUACUAGAUGCAAGCACAUUGAAAGUACUGGACACGAAUGCUAUGUUGAGUAUGAACACAAAGGUCGUCGACAAUAGUACUGUUCUGAACAAUGGCAUCAAAAUAAUCGAUAAAAACGAGAUCAGCGCGACAACACAACCGGUGGUCUCGAGCAAACGGAAGAGGGAUGAGAAGUCGACGUCUGUUAACAAUCUGAGUCUGAACUCGAUCGAGCCUAGGAAAACGAAGACGAAGUCACAAAUUAUCAAAAAAUACCAAAACGCGUGUCACGAUGAUCUCGACGAGGCCAACACGAAUCUGCCGUUUAUCAAAUGGCUCGCAUCCAUUACCGAGCGAAUUAAUCAGACGAUGCAUUUCCAGUUUGAUGGCAAGCCGGAUCCUCUGGUAUUUCACGUGCCGCAAAUAUUUUUCGAUUGCCUGCGAGAACGGAUAUCAUGCGGCGGCAAAAAGAAACGUCUACCGAACUCGACGACAGCGUUCGUAAGGAAAGACGGGGUCCCUUUGGGUACGUUCACCAAGUAUACGUGGCAAAUCACUAAUAUCCUACACGUAAAGAGCAUUUUCGAAACAUCAUAUAUACCUUUGGAGAUCACUAGAAGCUUCGUGCAGAAUGCAGACGGCACGUACGAAUUAUACAAACGCGAAGAGACGGAGAUAGAUCGCUAUAAGAAGACGAAUAAUAACGCGUUGAUUAAACCGUUGGAGUUGAAAACGUACUUGAAAGUGGGAAAUACUUCUCCGAAUCAAGUUGAUCCUACACCAUUUUUGAUAGAAUGGAUACCAGAUAUUCUACCAAUAUCGAAGAUAGGUGAACUUAGGAUUAGGUUCGAAUUUGGACAUGUGAAAAAUGAGACAAAUCACAAAUGGAGGAAAAUCGCUCUUUCUAAGAAUUAUUAAAUCCAUAUUCUCGAAAUACCGAUCGUCGUGAAAUUUUCACUUUUCUACCACAAUGGAUUCGAAAAUGACUUCCGUAUUUCGUAAGAACUCUACGAAUUCGAUGUUAGAAAGAUUAGGUAACUUGAAGUCAAGUAACUUGUUGAUAGUUAAUUGUAAGCUUCGGUGCUAUUUCGUGCUAUCCAGAGUGAGUAAAUUAAACUGCAUAUUUGACGGUUGAACGAACGAUUACUAUUCUGUACAUCUGCAGCUGAUAGUAAUCUGGUGGUUUCUGGAAUCGCUAAUUCGAAGACUGAUUUCACAAUUUUCACGAUUACAUGACCGUAGCACGACUCGAUAUUAUAAGAUUCUGAUCCUCUUUGCGAUUAAGUGUAAAUUAAUCUAAAUUAUGAAUCGUUGCAUGCGCCUCUAGGUGUAUUCUACUAUAUUUUGUAUUGUAUAUUUUUAUUUCACUUAAAACAAGAAUUAAAAAUGUAUGAAAAAUAUCUGAAUCAUGACAAAUAUGUUAAUAUUAUUAGCAAUCAUGCCGCGCUGUAGUGUGAGUUUUGAAGUAUUGUGAUAUAAAUAUAUAUUGUAAAUAUUAUGUACUUUUAGAUUUUACGCCGUUAUAUGUAAAAAAGUAUAUUUAUAUUAUUUAAUAACACGAGAUUGUGGUUCUGUUCUGUGAACGAACACAUAUACACAUUUGAAUUUGAGAAUAAAUUAUAU